GAGACCCGGGCCUGGUAGGCAUGGAGAUCUCUGCGUUUAAAGCAAAUGAAGAAGGCACAAUAAAAUAGGAACGUAAUCAGCGGCUUUGUCAGUUUUGUCUUUUGUUGUUUGUAUUCUAGUUUGAAAAUUGCUUGGUUGGUUUGAGUUCUGGGACUCGAAGAAGAAUCUGGUCUGGGCAUUGACUUUGAAGACAGGACAGACAAUGUUUUAUGUUCACGAGUGGCAUGGCAUCACAUGAGGAAGAAGAGCCAGCGGCUUAGAUUCCUUAACGAGGCCACGACUUGUCGCUUUUGCUUUGCCAAAACUGCAAAGGUCAGCACCACAGCAUCUUAUUUAGCCCCUUUGACAAUGUGAGCUUGUAUUUUCUAGUUGUAUUGUAUUGUAAUGCAAGCUAUGCAACCGUGCCCAGAUGCUCUCUCUCUCUCUCUCUCUCUCUCUCUUUUAGGUUAAAAACUUGCAAAAGAAGACUAAAGUGAGUACAAAAAUGUAUUCCAAAUGCCCUAGUCUUUGUUUGGGCUUUGGAAUCCAAGGCCAAGGAGAAGAGGGUAGAGAGCAGAGUCAACUAUAUACUCUCACUCUAUGAGUCUAAGCUACUUUCACACUGUGUAUUGGGUGAGCGAGUAUGAAAAGCAAUACUCUCUUUUGGUUAUAAAAUUGGAUUGAGAAAGCAAAGCAGAGCUAAACCCUAAUUCCUCCGCUCGUGUAUUCUCAUUCGGUUUUGUAACAAAGUGUCAACCCUUGCAAAAAGAGCUACACAGGAAAUUUCCCACCUUCCUUCCUCCUCACCUUUGUUUCUUUCUUUCUUUCUUUUCUUUGCUUUUUUGCUUUUCCUGUCAAACCCCAACUAAGUCUCAACGCCCAUUUUAAAAGACCCACCAACAAAGCCUUAGCUACUCUCAACUAUCACUCUCUUGGUGUUUUUGUGUUUCUCCAUUUCAGACUCACGGAGCACAAAGCCAUACAUAGCAUCAGCUGGUUUUGUCUAAUUAAUGGAGCAAGAAAAUUGCUCAGCUUUCAUGAUGACUCGGAAGAGAAAGUCCCAAGAAGAGAAUUGCAUUUCAAGCACAUUUUUGAUGGAUGAGCUUAAUGAAGACCUUCUUGAAGGGGUCCUGUCUAGGCUACCAAUCUCUGCAUUUUUCCGCCUUUCUUCGGUUUGCAAGAGAUGGAAAUCAGUUGCAAACUCUUCAAGUUUCAAGCUUGCCUGCUCCCAAAUCCCUUCUCGGGAUCCAUGGUUCUUCAUGGUCGACUCUCAUCUCAAUCGAUCCAUUGUGUUUGACUCUGCUGAAAAAAACUGGAAGAAACUUAACCAUCCACCUCUCCUCCAGACAAACUCCAACUGCAAUUCCAUGCCUGUUUCAGCCUCUGGUGGCUUUAUCUGUUUCCGAAAUUCAUAUGGCAACUUCGUCGUGUGCAAUCCUGUGACAGGGUCCUGCAAUGAACAACCUCCACUCGAUCCAGCCCUACAAAGCCUCACAUUCCAUGCCAUUGUGAUGAGCUCAUGUCCCAACAAGCAUGACCAGUCCUCUUACAGGCUUGUAGUUGUCUUUGGUGAGCUUCCGAAGCUGUCAUUUAGAGUGUACAACUCAAGCAGCGGUUGCUGGGAAGAAGAGAUCACCUUGUGCAAGAAGUUCAAUGAUGAUGAUAAUUCAAAGGAACUUGAUGAUUCUACAGACUUUGACUCGAAUGAUGACAGUGCUGUUUACUUCCUCAGCAAGGCUGGAAAUGUAGUGGCAACCAAUAUGCAAAGAAGCCCAUCUAAGCAAUACUCAUCUGUUAUCACUAACAAAGAUGGUGAGGAAAUAGUCCAUUUCCUUAGCUCCUCGGGCUCAAUCGUGGCUUGCAAUCUGACCUCCAAGUGCUUCAUUGAGUACCCGAGGCUACUCCCCGUUUUCUAUGAGUACUCCAUUGACUUGGUGGAGUGUGGAGGCAGGAUGCUGGUGGUUCUGUUGUCAGAGUUCUUUGAAAGUGCGAGCCUUAGGGUUUGGUGUUAUGAUGAGGAUGUUCGAAGCUGGCAACAAAUUGCAGCAAUGCCACCAGCAAUGUCCCAUGAGUGGUAUGGCAAGAAUGUGGAUAUCAACUGUGUCGGGGCAGGUGACCAGAUAUUGAUUUGCUUAAGCUCUGCAGAGAUUUCUAGCUGUGUUAUGUGUGACUUGGCUGCUAAUGAAUGGGUUGAAUUGCCCAAAUGCUACGUGGAUGGUGAAGCCAUCAAGUUUAUGUCUGCUUUCUCAUUCCAGCCAAGGAUUGAGGCUUCUCUAUGAUUUGGAGUGCUUGGUUUCUGAUUUUUUUUUUUCUUUGUUUUAUUCUUUUACCAUGUAUUGAUUGUAAUUCUUUAAAAUUCUAUUUGCACUGCUAUUGUUUA